AUGGUGGUUGAGGGUUCUUCAGUAUCGUCGGCGAUUACGGCGGAAGAGAAUCUCGAUCCUAAUAAGAAGACGAAUCCUAGCCGUAAAGAGAAGGAUCUUCGGGCGAUUAGGGCUAACUUCGGGAACGAGGAAGGUACGUCGAAGGAGAAGAAGAUCUUUUGCGGUGGCGAUGAAAAUGUUUCGAAGAAAUCAACUAGCGUGGCGCUACUCAGCUUCUACUAA